GCUGCCGAAACACCGAACAACCUUCUACUCCCGUUUGUAAUAAACACAUUCCGGAUUAUUUUUUAUGGAUUUAUAAAUGCACGCAUUUCACGGAUUGCACCAAGGCCUGGGAAGUGUUAUUCAAGGAGAGAUUGGAAUUUAGAAGUUUCCUCCAGCAGGGAACGGGAUUGAUGUCUUAAUGCAACUGUUUUGGAAAGAGACUAAGGGCAUCUUGACGAAGACUCCAAAUAAAACGUAUUACGGUGACAUCCCGUUCUCGCCGGGCACAGUAGGUGUUUCGGCUUUUCUCGGCACCGACACCGGCUCCCGUGGAAGCUCAUCUCCUUCUCUUGAAUCUCAGUACCUGUCGUCCGUGGAAUCCUUCGGGAGUCCGCCCACCACCAGCGCACCGCAAGAGUGUGUAUCAGCCACUGGCGUGGUAGGGGUGGGUGGAGGGUCAACCGGCACCGGGGCAGGGGUGGACAUGCCCAGCUCAUUUGUGCCCACAGUGACGGCCAUCACCACCAGCCAGGAUCUGCAGUGGAUGGUGCAGCCCACUCUCAUCUCCUCCGUGGCACCAGGGCAAAGCAGCACGGGCUCCAGCACCAUGACGCAGCCUGUUGCUUUGGAUCCUUAUGACCUGCCAGGCCCAAGCUUUUCGUCGGGUGGAGGAUUCACCCCACCAAGCUCUGAUACUCCUGGCACAGUGAGACAGUCUCGGAGCCGUCGCCGUGCACGCGAUGAAACGCUGACACCUGAGGAGGAAGAGAAAAGACGUGUUAGACGAGAGAGAAAUAAACAGGCUGCCGCUAAGUGUAGGAACCGAAGGCGUGAGCUCACAGACAGGUUACAGUCGGAGACAGACAUGUUGGAGGAGGAGAAGGCCGAGCUCGAGGCCGAAAUAUCCGAGCUGCAAAAGGAGAAGGAGCGCCUGGAGUUCGUCCUGGUCGCCCACCAACCCGGUUGCAAAAUUCCCUAUCAGGACCAGCCCCCCGUGCCGCUGCCGCUGCCUCUGCCUCUGCCGCUACCGCAGACAUCCCUGCAGACGCCUUCUGCCUCCGUGGUGGGUUUGAGUGUGAAGGAGGACACUUUCUACCUGCCACCGGCCUACUCGUCCCACCACCACCACCACAUCCCGGUUUCACAGCCCACGCAGACACAGCCGGCCCCAGCACAACAGCAGCAAGGGAUGAUGCAGGAGUCUUCAGCCCCUGAGAGCCUGUUGGACCCUGAAAGCCCAUGGAACCUUGAGUGAGUGCCAGCCCACAUCCCAACACCACAAUUUCCCUUCGCACGGACCAUCCCACAGUGGAACCUCAAAAUUUCAAAAUAUCGAAACGAACCAGCCACAGCGCGCAGAUCAAAUGCCAUCUCAGAUGCCACCACACUGGCUAAAGGAACGGGACUCUUUAUUUCUCCUCAGCAUUGAGGAUUUGAUUUUGGAUGAGCGGAGGCACACUGGCUAGACUUUGGCGAGGCCAGCGGAGGAGUUUUGGAGAGCCCUUGGAAUGUGGAGGUAUGAGAUGGUGAGAGUAUUCGCAUGACCAUGCUCUACCUGUCAUCUCCCACUGGUCCUUUGAGAGCUUUCACACCGUGCUCACCCUUUCCCCUUUCUUGAGGAGUUUGUUUGCUUGUUUCAUUCUGUGUUUUAAUGAUAGUAUUAACUCCGAUCUCAAAAGUGGCUUAUCUGAUGAUAACAUAAAAGAGUGGCUCGACACUCUGUGGUUGAAGAGCAUUAUAAUGAGCAACCAAAAAAAAAAAA